AUGGACUUCAACGGCACCUGGCAGGUUUACUCUGAGGACAACCUGGAGGAGUUUCUCAAAGCAACAGGUGUGACUGAGAUGAUGCUCAAAAUGCGUAAGGAUGUCAAGCCGGUGAUAGUGAUCGAGCGGAAGGGGGACGACAUCACCUUUACAAUCAAGACUCCCCUCUGCACCAAAGUCAACUCGUUCACCAUUGGCAAGGAGUCAGAAUUCACUGCUUUGGAUGGCAGGAAGCUCAAGUGCACUGUGACCGAGGAGGAUGGGAAGCUUGUCACUAAGACGGAGAAGUUCACCUCUGUCCGGGAGAUCCAAGGAGAGGACAUGGUUGAGACUCUCACUACUGGUUCUGUGACUCUUGUGUCCAGAAGCAAACGAAUAUAAUCACUAU